UUGCUUACGCAUCCUUUAGGAAGCUUGGAAUUUAGCGAGAAUAUCUAUUUUUAUAAUCGUACUCCACCUCGCGGAAUAGUCUUCCCUAAAUACCCCCUGUAGCUCAGGCCACUCUGAAUUAAAGCGGAGUGUGUUCGCUUUCCCCCAGAACUCCAGAGAACGCAACUCAAUUAACUUGAAUGCCGGACGCAGACUACGUUUCCCGUGAGCACGCGAAGCCCACGCUCCUCCUCGCCUACACAGCGUUUAUCUCAGCGGACGGUGGCCGGAACAGAACAAUGGUUUCCAUGUUAGCGGAUAAACGCGCUAGUCUUAGCUCCUGGACCAGAAGGCGGAUGCGGUAAUGCCUGCGUGCUGAGGCGCGAGGAAGCAACUAAGGGAGCCCGGUGACCAAUAGAGCAAGAGCCAUGCCGCGCCGGGGCCUAGUGGCCGGGCCAGACUUUGAGUACUUCCAGCGUCGUUAUUUCACGCCGGCCGAGGUGGCCCGACACAACCGGCCGGAAGACCUGUGGGUGUCUUACCUGGGAUACGUGUAUGACCUAACGCCGUUGGCACAGGAGUACAAGGGUAAGGGCCACGCUUUGUGUGUUUGGGUGCCUGGUUUUUGGGUGGCUAUCAUUGACGGCGGCUGCUCCUUCCCAGGAGACCUGCUGCUGAAACCCAUCGUGGAAGUUGCGGGCCAGGACAUCAGCCAUUGGUUUGAUCCAAAGACCAGAGACAUCCGCAAGCACAUAGAUCCGCUGACCGGUUGCCUGAGAUACCGCACCCCCCGGGGCCGCUUUCUGCACGUCCCGCCUCAGCUGCCCCGUUCCGACUGGGCCAAUGAUUUCGGGAAGCCCUGGUGGCAGGGGUCGCGUUACGAGGUGGGGCGGCUGUCUGCCAAGACCCGGAACAUCCGCAUCAUUAACACGCUCACGUCGCAGGAGCACACACUGGAGGUGGGGACCCUGGAAUCAAUGUGGGAAAUCCUACACCGCUAUCUCCCCUAUAACACACAUGCUGCCAGCUACACAUGGAAAUAUGAAGGCAAGAACCUGAACAUGGAUUAUACCCUGGAAGAGAAUGGGAUCCGGGAUGAGGAGGAAGAAUUUGACUAUCUCAAUAUGGACGGUACACUCUACACACCUGCAAUACUGCUCUACUUCAAUGAUGACCUCACAGAGCUAUAGGAAAGGAGAUGUAUGCUCAUGUAGACUCAAAACAUAUUUUGAGUUUGGCUGUUUCUGUGCCCUGUAGGAAAAGAAGUGGGGAUGUGGGGAUGCUGGGAUCUAGAUCUCCAUUCCACUCUGGGAACUGGCCUGUGGUUAGGGAAGGGGCACUGGAGAGCGGGGAUGGAGAGGAAAUGCUCGUCUGAAGUGUAAAGGUCCUACUCCCCAGGUCCAUUACAAUUUACUCUGACAAAGUUAGGGAGAAUGCUAGAAGUGACUUAAUUUAUUUUUAGGAAUGAUACAAGAAGAUGAAAUAUCUUGGAUUAGGGAGAUGUAGAAGAGGACAGUCAGAUAGAGCUCAGGCAGAA